GCGACAAUUUAAAAAUUCCAAACAUUAGAAUAAUCUCUUUUAUUUUAAACCAGCUUAAUUUCACUACUAAAAGAAGCCACUGAAGCAACUUCCCAUGCCUACCUAAACCACUACGUUAGGCCGCCAAAUCUUUCAUCACCAUUUGCCAGCCUAAUCCAGAACCUGAAUUUGGUCGCUACUUCUAUGCAGUUUAUGCAUUUAUAGGCACAAAUAAAUUUUAAAACAAUUAAAAUCAAGAAUGUUAGGGAAUGGAGUUGUGGGAAUUCUUGCAGAAACUUCUAACAAAUGGGAAAGAAGAUCACCGCUAACCCCGACGAACUGUGCUACACUUCUUCUUGAUUCAAGAAACAGCGAAAAUGGAGUUUGUCGCAUUAUAAUACAGCCCUCAACCAAGCGAAUCUAUCAUAAUUCUCUCUAUCAACAAGCUGGUUGUGAAGUUUCCGAUGAUUUGUCUCCCUGUGGACUUAUUUUGGGCAUCAAAAAACCUAAGCUGGGAACCAUUUUGCCUGACAGAGCUUAUGCAAUUUUCUCGCACACCCAUAAAGCUCAGAAAGAAAAUAUGGCCCUGUUAGAUGAGAUUCUUGCCAAAAGGGUGACCCUUUUUGAUUAUGAGCUUGUUGAUGGAGACCAGAAAAAGAGAUUUAUUGCAUUUGGAAAAUUUGCAGGUGCAGCUGCAAUGAUUGACCUGUUAGGAGGCUUAGGAAAGAGGUAUUUAAACCUUGGAUAUUCUACACCUUUCCUGUCGAUGGGUGCGACUUAUAUGUACACUAGUUUGACAGCAGCUAAGGCUGCUGUAGUUUCUGUAGGUGAAGAAAUAGCAACUAAUGGACUACCAUCAGGAAUUUGUCCUCUUGUCUUUGUAUUUACCGGCGCCGGAAGUGGUUCUGUUGCUGCACAGGAAAUAUUCAAGCUCCUUCCUCAUGCUUUUGUUGAUCCAAGCAAGCUUCCAGAACUACUAGAGACGCCUCCAUCUUCAUCAGAUAGAAUCUUCCGAGUUUACGGUUGUCAGGUUACCUCUGAAGACAUGGUUGAACACAAAGAUGCUACAAAAGAAUUUGACAAGGCUGAUUAUUAUGCAAAUCCAGAGCAGUAUAAACCUAUUUUUCAUGAGAAAGUAGCCCCAUAUGCAUCUGUUAUUGUUAAUUGUAUUUACUGGGAAAAGAAAUUCCCCCGUUUAUUAACUACUCGUCAGCUUCGCGAUCUUGCAAGUAAAGGAUGCCCGCUUACUGCAAUUACUGAUUUGACUUGUGACAUGGAAGGCUCUAUAGAGAUUCUCAAUCAAACCACCACAAUAGAUUCACCUUUUUUCAGGUAUGAUCCUGCUAAUGAUUCAUACCAUCCUGACAUGGAGGGAAAUGGAUUGAUAUGUUCAGUUAUUGAUAAUCUUCCAACAGAAUUACCAAAAGAGGCAUCUCAACAUUUUGGAGCAUUACUGUCGAAAUUUGUCGGAAGUUUAUCUUCCACAUCAGACAUCACAAGCCUACCUGCACACCUGAGGAGAGCUUGCAUAGCCAAUGGAGGAGCCCUUACUCCUCCGUAUAAAUAUAUUGAAAAACUGAGAAGUUCCAACUCAGUGUAAGCUUCGAUCCUUAAUCAGAUGGAGUUACAUCUGAUAUCAAUCUGUUAAUUUUCAAUUUGUGUUCUGAGGGGAAAAUGAUUUCAAUCAUGCCAUUCAUUAUAAUAUUAUCAAGGACUAUGACACUUUUGGCAUGA